UUCAGUUGAGAAGAGGAAGAUGAAGUCCUGUUGGUCUCUAGUUUUAUUUGGUUUAGUUUAUGUAACAUUUUCUUCUGCUGUUCCUCGACCUUUUGAAGCUGAGAAGAAUGAAGAAGAUUGGCAGUUGGCUGAGACUUAUCUGAACAGAUUUUACCAACUUAAAGAUGGACCUUCACUAGUCAUGGGAAAGAACAGAAACCAUGAAGCAACUGGUUCAUUAUCAGAGAAGAUUAGGAAAAUGCAAGAAUAUUUUGGCCUCAGGGUAACUGGCUCUCUAAAUUCUGAAACUCUAGACAUAAUGGAAAAGCCUCGAUGUGGAGUCCCUGACAUUGCUGAAUAUAAUCAUUUCCCAGGAGAAAUUAAAUGGAAAAAGAAUAACUUAACAUACAGAAUUCUACAAUAUACAUCAGACAUUUCAGCUGCUGAUGUGGAUUUGGCGAUAGAGAAAGCUUUGAAGGUUUGGAGUGAUGUCACACCCCUGAAAUUCAGCAGAAUCAAUGAGGGAGAAGCUGAUAUCAUGAUCACAUUUGAUGUUAAAGAACAUGGAGAUAAUUACCCAUUUGAUGGACCUGAAAGAAUACUGGCCCAUGCUUUUCCUCCAGGCAAAGGCCUUGGAGGAGACACUCACUUUGAUGAAGAUGAAAACUGGACAAUGAGAUCAAAUGGAUAUAAUCUUUUUGUUGUGGCUGCCCAUGAGUUUGGCCAUGCAUUGGGACUCUCUCACUCUCAGGAUCGUGGGGCAUUGAUGUAUCCAGUAUACACGUACUCAAGUAUGAAAAAUUUCCGUCUCUCCCUUGAUGACGUUAAUGGAAUCCAGGCUCUGUAUGGUGCAUCAAAUGAGGUGUAUUUACCACCAAAAGUAACACCUGAUGCCUGUGAUACCAAAUUGUAUUUUGAUGCUGUUGCUACUCUUCGUGGAGAGACAUUAUAUUUUAAGGACAGUUUUUUCUGGAGGAGCCAUCCACAACUACCUGAAACUGAGCUGAAUUUAAUUAAAUCAUUCUGGCCAAAGCUUCCUAGCAGGAUACAUGCUGCAUAUGAAAAUCAGCAAAAUGGUUUACUCAUUGUUAUUAAAGGAACAAAAUACUGGGGCAUCAAAGGCUAUGACAUCUUGCCAGGAUAUCCAAAGUCCAUCUAUGAAUUUGGUAUUCCAAAAUACAUCAGGAAAAUAGAUGCCGCUUUUCACAUUACGAAGACUGCAAAGACAUUAUUCUUUGCAAAAGACCUGUACUGGAGCUAUGAUGAAAGGAGCCAGAAGAUGGAUAAAGGUUACCCACACCAAAUCGCGAAUGACUGGCCAGGAGUCUCUGUUAAGUUGAAUGCAGCAUUUGAAUCUAAUGGAUACGUUUUCUUCUUCAGUAGAUCAUUUCAGUUCAUCUUCAGCAUGGGUGAGCAACGUGUCCUUGAAAUACGCAGAAGCAAUUCACCGUUGGGAUGUUAAAUACCUCAACUUAUCGAGCUGUCGUUAAAUGAUCUAAUUCUAGCAACUUUGCCAAGAAAGAGUAUUUAUUGGGCCUCCACUAGUUAAAAACAAACAAACCAGAAUAUAAAUGAAAUGCCUCUCAGUAUAACCUGCUUGUAUGACGUAAAGUAAAUGUUGAUAAUCUGGUACCCUUGGGAUAUCAGUGGAGCUGGACCAGCAGAUUUCCUGAACUGUAGUAUGUGACACCUGUUAAUAUCCCAACACAAUUUUAUUUCACAUUUUUUGAAACAGAUUACACAGUAGUAUAAUAAAUUUUCCAGUAAAUAUCAUCAGUUUAAAGGGAGCACAGGAAAGAGGGGCCUGAUGAGUUUCAUCUUGUAAGUUUCAGCAGACUUCUGCCAGUAUGUGGAUCCAUGAAUUGUGGGUCUGUGGGUAACAAGGAUUAUUGUAGUGAUGAAUGAGCCUGACACUGAACCAUCAGCAUUUCUGAACAAUUGGAUACCAGAGUAUCAAAGUUUUACUAUAAUGUUGCAUUGAAGAACUAAUGAAAUUCUUGUUUAUAUCUGGACUGUUUGAGUAAUUUAAUAUUGUUCUCUUGCAUAUAUAUCAUAUUUAUUGUCCUGCCAUGAUGCAUUUUGUUAUCUAAAUUUAAUAUUUAUUUAUAACUUUUAUAUAUAUAUAUAUAUGUUCUAAUACUUAAAGUUUGUGUUGCUUAUGUUUUGUGAGAUAUUUUAUUCAGGAACAACUAAUUAUUAUGGAGGGAAAUAAGGGCUAAAAUCCUCUUGCCUAUCAAUUUCAGUGGAAACAGACUUAAUUUAU